GUGCAGGGGAAUGAAACAAAAUACGGAAGAAAUACUACUGUAAUAAUCUUUGGUGAUUUUUCUGAAUUUUGAUUUUUGAGCCUCCAAUUCGAUUAUUCAGCACUUUGCAGAUGGAUAAAUUUUCAGCAGUUGCUGUUAUGUGUAUAAAAAAGGUUGUGUAAUUGGAAAUUCUCCUUCAAUUCUUUAAGAAGAAAAGUUUGAUAAAGCUUCCAAAAUACUGCAAAUAAAAUACAAUUCAUUCCUGAAAAUUCUGGCAGUGGUAAUGCUUAUGCACUCAUCGAGAAAUGCAUUUAGAAUGACAGGAAAAGAAUUUUUUAGUUGAUGCGAUAUUAACUGUUCUUUUAAAGUUAUUUGUCGUCUGCAAACUUUGAUGCGCUGAUUUAAAAAAAGUCGUGUGCGAAAAAAAGCCUAAUAAUUUUAGCUUAAACAUUGAGCUCUAAGAGUAAAAAAUAUUCGCUGACGUAUAAUUGGGUUAAUGUAAUAGAUAUGGAGUUUUCAGAAGUUGUUGAAGAAUAACUACUGAGACAAUUGCUGAAACUCUUUAGUUGUGCAGAUAUUUUACUCAGCUGAAAACCAACAGCUAAGCAGUGCCGUCAUCAAACAUUGUUUUUAAAUAUUGGAAGGAAAUUUUAUUUGCACUGUGUGUUUGUGCAUAUAUCAUCUUCUUUUGAAACACAUCUGAGCGUAGAACAGAAACGUAGGUUAAAAAUGUCGUAGUCAUUGAAAGAAUUCAAAGAGACUUUUACAAAAUUCAAUUCCAAUCAAAGCCAUAACAUUUUGAAGCCUCAAUAAACAAGCUGUGUAAUAGCUUAAACUAGAUUUUAAAGUAAAUUAAAAUGGAUAUUCAAGAAACUUCUACUUAACUGUUGAACAUAUCAAGAUGGGUUUCGGAAGUUGGUGUCAUGAGCGGUGGGUGAUGAUGUUGAGAACUAAACCUCAGUGUCUCCCCAUGUUGACUCGUAAGAGCAGUAAUCUCCAGAAUCCACCGAAGAUAUCCAUACGAGAUCAGUCAAAAUAUGGGGAUACGCUCGCUUCCUUGUUGUGCGUUGCCACUUUAUGCUAUAGUGUAGCCUGUGGAGUUCUUUUGGUAUUCUUCGAAGCUGUGGAACCUGCAUCCACAACGACUUUUGUUAUUUCAUUAUUGGUCGCUGGAAUUACUUGUAUUUCAGGAGGUUCAUGUUUGUCGGAAUAUUUCUCAUCUGAAGCAAGGUCCGUAUAUAGUUGUUGUUAUCAACGAUCUGGCGAAAUUCUUGCAUUCUUUUUUGGAUGGUCCUGGAUACUCUCGCAAGCAUCUUUGACGGCGGCCGCCUGCAAAGCCGUUGCUGAUCGGAUUGAUUCCUUAUCUGGCCACGCCUUAAAUUCUUACCUUAGCGAAGGGAAUUGGUCUGAUGCAUUAACUACAUCACUGCCAGUAAUUACUGUAUUUAGCAUCGCUUCUACUGGCCUCAGUGAAAUAAGUUCAUGGCAUGCAAUUUUUGGACCAUUGACUUUUUUCCUUGCGGCAGCAGUCAGCUCCCUUGCAUUUGUGACUCGGGAACCAGCAUGGGUACCUUUUGCUGAUUUCAACCUAAAGAAUGUUGGGGAUUUAAAUCAGAUUCUGUUAUUAUCUUCACUAAGCGUGCUGUUUUUCUCAGGCCCACAAAACAUCUUGCGGCAGCCCAUCCGAACUUCAGGAAAAACGUACACAACCUCAACCCUUGUUCACCUAAACUUCGUGUGCUUGCUGCUGAGCAUCACAUUCCUGUGUUCACCUACGCCUCAUCAACUAUCUACAGAAAUUAUUCGAACUAUUUGCCUGAUUCUUUUGGGCAUUGAAUCUUUGUUUCCCUUGUAUGCUGUAUUUGAGGAUAUGGCUUCUGAUGGUUUGCUAUUCCGAGGGCUGGCAAAGAAAUGGAGGCCGUGCUGUUUACCUGUGACUUCACCGGUCAUCCAGUUCAUUUCAUUUAUCAGUGUUGGACUGUUAGCGUUAUUUUUGCCUUUCAAAAUUCUCUUGCUACAAUCAGUUGUCUUCCAACUUUUCGUAAACAGUGUAGUACCUUUCCUCGUCCUGGUACGAAGGUACCGAGAUAUCAGCUCGUGGCAAUACGAACCUAUGAACCAUACUUCAGACCGAAGAAUAUCCCAAGACCGUUCCAAAAGAAAAAAGCAAGAGACUCAAUACACUAAACUGCAAGACUUGGACACCUUUGAGGAAAGGUCUACUACUUGCAUUGCUGAAGGUCCUUCGGACGACAGUUCUGACACGGAUAUCGACUCUGUCGUUCAGCAAUACAAGGAUCAGGCAAGAAUUGCAAAUUUGAAAAAUUUGGACGGCCCAACAAAAUUGGAAAAUGUGCCCGAACCAACUCCUUCAUCAUCCGUACGCGCCAUGGCUUGCGUAGGAGCUCUUUUGGCGUUAUCUGUCAUUAUGUCAACAACAUUGAACUUCGCUGGUGCCAACGACAGAUUUUCGGUGAUGGUGGUGGUUUUGAUUUGCAUUUUCUUUUCUGCAAUUGUGCAUCUGCUCUUGUUGUGCUUACCACAAAAUAGAGUGAGUAGAACUUCUUCAGAUGACAAAACUGGAUGUUGUAGUAAGGUGCCAAACAUGCCUUGGGGACCUGGUGUAGCAACUCUACUUUCAAAUACUUUAUUAGUGCAUUGUAUGAUACAUGUGUGGAAAGUGUACACUUCAUGGAUUUUAGUAGGAUUCCUCAUAUAUUUUAUAUAUGGCAUGAAUAAUUCUACAGCAGCUAAUUCUUUCUACAAUAUGCGGCCAGCACAUAUUGCCUUACGCCCGCUACCAAGCUAUGGGAAUAACUGCGUGCCUCAAAUCCUGCCAUCCCACAGAAAACUAGUCAGGAAACCAAGCAAAUUCAGGAAAGGACUUAUUUAGGUCGAUACCAUAUCGAUCGAAGCCAUACAUCAAGUAUAUAAUUCAUGUCUCAUAAAAUGUCAAAAAACAACUUUCGCAGAAGUCUUCCGGUUGAUUUUAUCGAAUGAACAAAAAUAUUAUGCUGUUUUUCAAUCUCGGUAUAAAAUAUCGCACCCCAGCAAGGAAAGUGGCAAAACGUAAAAUUUGGGGAAAACGUACUUGAUUUGAAGUCUAAAUUUAAUGCUCUUUUUUGCCACAAAACUCGAACAAUGGUAGCUUACGUAACCGGUGCGUGAUGGAUCAAAAAUGAUUUUAUCCAUAAUGAAAAGUUAUUGAAAUUUCAUUAUGUAGAAGAAAAAAUUUCGAACUUUAAGUAUGCAUAAUGAAUUAAACAACAAAAAAUUAAUCAAAAUCAUCGCAUUGUAAUGGGGUCGUUCCCAAAAUUUUAAAAGUAUUUUUUUCUGAAAGAGCAUGCUUAAAAACAUAGGAUCUGACCACUUUUUAAAUAAUUCAUUUAAGUUUAGUAUUUUUAAAAAAAUACUUAAAUCGGUGCGCUUUCAUUGUUUACGCUUCUGUCGUGUGACAUCACAAAUGAUGAAAUGCCAUUCAAUGUUGCCAUUUUCUCAGAGCAAAAUAUUUAAUUCGAAUCUUUACUCACGUGUAUUGGCAACGAUAUGAUUGAUAGCAAGCGCAGAGCGCAAUAUUUAAUUCGCUUCUUGAUUAUCAUAACGUGGAAACGCUGUAGAAAAAUGAGCCAAUAAAUUGCAUCAUUUGUUACGUCAUAAAGACCAAGCCUUGUUUGAAAAAUCGGACAUUUUUAAAAAUUAAUUAAAAAUGAACUGCUGGGAAAAUGAAAGUAUUUUUUGGGUCCAUGUUAUUUUUUUUACUCACUCUAUCAAUUUCACUGACUAAAAGUAGUACUUUUGACUGAAGGAAACAACCCCAUUGUUUUGCGCGUAUUGCAAUUUUUUAGGUCUAAAUCUCUAAAUAACUACUUUUUUUUUUCUUUUUGAGCUACGCCACUUUCUUUGCCGGGGUGCGAUAUAUUUUAAUGAAACUAAGCAAAAUACUUUUUCUUCAGCUAAAGUAAAACAGUACAGGAAUCCAUUUUUCACUUUUAAUAUGAAUAAAAACUUUGGAUAUUUUGAGUUAAUCUUUUUUUCUUUUUUACAGUACAGGACUGUUAACCCCUGUACAGGAAUCCAUUUUUUACUUUUAUUAUGAAUAAAAAAA